AGUCACUGGCUGACAUUAAUCGGAUUCUAAUUGUUUAAAAUGAUUCAUACUAUGCUAGUAUAAGUCAAGCAAAAAGUCACAAAUUUCUAUCUUGUCCAUCUAGUUUGCAUAUGACAGCAUAGUCAAGAGACUGGACAUUGUUAUGCCACCACGAACCAAGGAUACCAUCUCCAGCUCUCGACCCACACAACAGCAAGUUACCUCUUCCACUCUACGUCCGCAUAAUCGGUGCUUCGCGGGCAUUGGACCCAGAAUCGCGCGCGCAUACGCCCAAGCCGGCGCAGCAUCUCUCAUCCACGCAGCACGCUCGUCCUCAUCACAUGAACUCGCGAAAGUAGAGCAACAAGUUCAGGAACUUGAUCCCUCAGUGCUCAUAAAAUGCAUGCCAGUCGACAUCACAUCCUCGCAAUGCGUUGCCGAGCUAGCCAGACGCGUAAAAGAAGAAGUCGGUAGACUGGAUAUCGUCGUCCUGAACUUAGGUUACUCCGGUCUAGUAAUUCUCAACGUCGAUGAAGGCGAUCCGCAGAACUUUCAAGAUGUAUUCAAUGUCAAUGUACAGGGCACAUAUCCCGUUGCCCAGUACUUCAUUCCGCUGCUGGAGGAGAGCAACGGCACAAAGGCAUUCAUCGCAGUGGGGUCUUUUGCGGCUCUUAUAGUCAACGGACAUAUCGCGAACACGGCCUAUUGUGUGUUGGAGUUCGCACAGGUGCGGCUUGUGAAGUUUAUAACAGAGUGGCAUGUGGCGGAUGGUGUGCUGGCCGUUGCUGUGCAUCCUGGUGCCGUGAAUACGGAAAUGGCUGAUAAGACUACGCCGGAGAGUUUUCGGCCAUAUCUUACAGAUGAUGUCGGCCUAGGCGGAGCGUUCUGUGCAUGGCUGAGUCCCGAGAAGAGGAUGUGACUGAACAGCAGAUUAGUGAGCGCAACUUGGGAUCAUGAGGAGUUGCUGAAGAAGGAAGACAAGAUCGAAGAGCAGAAUUUGCUGAAGUUGGGCUAUAGGGUUGGUGAUGUUUCAGACGCUGGGAAAAGUUGAAGUGAAUUUCCGAAGUUCUUGAUAGAUC